UGGGUGGAGAUGCGGACCAAGAUGCGUAUCAUGGGCUUCCGAGGCGCAGCCAUCAAGCCUCUGAACGAAGACGCGGCCGCCGAGCUGGGCGCCGAGCUGCUGGGGGAGGCCACCAUCUUCAUUGUGGGUGUUGGCUGCCUGAUGCUCGAGUUCUGGCGCCAGCAGCGCCAGCAGCGCCGCCAGCAGCUGGAGCAGAGCGCCGCCUGGGCUAUGCUGCAGGACGAGGUGGACCACCUGUCGCUCAUGCUCGAGGCGCUGCAGGCGCAGGUGCAGGCAGCGCCGUCACAGAGCGCCCUGGAGGAGCUCAGGGCGCAGCUGCAGGACGUGCGCACGCAGCUGCGCGCCCGGGACGCCCCGCCCGCAGCCCUGGCACCGCCCCCUCCCCAGACCACGCCCCCGACACAGCCCGCACCGGAAGGGCCCCUCUGCCUCCACUUUGUAGUCUGUGCCACAACCCACUGGAACAGUGGGGUCUUCCCGCUCAAUGCCAUCCAAUCCCCAAACCGCGGCCUGUUCCAGCAGGACAUGGCUCCACAGGGUGGAAAAAUCAAUCCCGACUUGGGCUAA